CGGUACAGGCCGAGGCCCCACUUCCAACCGGUGCCUGGUAGGUGUCCUCUUGACGAUCUGAUUGCGACGAUGUUGUUGGACCUGUCGUUGGGAUUUCGACGCCCGGAGUGACUAUUUUCUACCGAUCGAACCAUUGAUUGACGACUGAGCGGUUCACGUCGUCGGUACGUCUCCCGAGUACCCGGAAAUUACAUUGCGACCCACGUCGCCAGCUACCAUGCCGCCCGAGGUGGAUGUCAAAGUCACGACAACGGAACGCGUAUUUCCCCAAAAGUCAAAGCAGCAUGAACACGUAGUCCCACUGUCGCUGCUGGACGCAACCACAGCUAACUUUGCUCUUACAAACGCGAUAUGGCUCUUCGGGCCCCUUGAUGAGCGGAAUGUAGCAAACGUCACCGUCCACCUCCACCAAACACUCAGCAUUGCGCUUACUUCGCAUCCUCAAUGGGCCGGCCAGUUGAAGUCCAUUACUUUCGUCGACGAUGCCUCGAUACCCGCUGAGGCGAAGGAGUUCCCAGCCCACGCCCGCCGCUUCGGCCGCGUUUACGCGCACUUCGGGGCCUCCGUAGACGUCGGUGUGGAGUUUGUCUCAGCAACGAGCUCUGCCACCACGGACUCACUCUACCAAACAGAGCGCGUCAAAACUCAGCCACUUUGGAAUCGCAAAGACGAUAAUCUCGGUAAAUUUGUGCCUGUUGUUGACAUUGCGCAUGCUCUACAACCCAACGAGCCCGAUGCCACGACGGGCUUGCGCAAGCCGAUCAUGGCUAUCCAAUGCACCACGUUGUCAGACGGUGGUUUUGUCCUCGCUGCUAAAACGGCGCAUCCUUUCGCGGACAUCACGGGUCUCAUCCGCUUCGUCACGGACUGGGCGAGCGUGAGUACUGCCGUCAUCAAGGGCCUGACCGCCCCGACCUUGACUCCCGUCUUUGAGCCGGCGCGUUUGGACAACCUCGCUGCAGGAAACAUAAACGCCGAGGAGCCGGACCUGGCCAUUAUCAGUCGAGCGGAACGUCUGCCCUUGCACAGGUACGAUUGGUGGGCUGCACCAGGAAAUCCUCCCACGCCAUUUCUUGAUGCGGCCAAACUGGUGUCACCAGCAGGCAAGCCUAUGCCAUGGGCUGAGUGGAACUCUAAUGCGCCUGUUUCUGACUAUACCAUUCAUCUCAACACAAAGCAGGUCGAUUUUCUCUCCAACGAAGCUACAAAUGGUACUGACAGUAAUGGCCCGAGAAUCAGCAAGCAUGAUGCCGUGUUGGCACACAUCUGGUCCUGCAUUGUGCGCGCACGUCAACUCGGAAAGGAUGACGGCCCUGUACAUUGCGAUCUUGUACUUGGCCUUCGAUCCGCUUUCAAUCUGGGUGAAGACUUUCUGGGUUCACCAAUCAUCAUGAUGAAUAUUGAGCUGCCAGGCUCUGAAGUCGGCCGCGAACAAACAAGCAACGCUACCUCAUCAAUGGUUGCCAUUACCCGAAAAAUUCGGCAUACAAUUUCCACUGUCAGCGACCCAGCGAAUCUUGCAGAUCAUCUUCAUAGCGCUACGUAUGAGAAGUCUCCUCAGCGUAUAUGGCAGGCAUUUCUUGGCCGGCGUCAUAUUCUGGUGACAACCUGGGCGCGUGCCGGCAUCUACGAUGUCGACUUCGGUCUUGGCUCGCGCAUACGAUACGCGGACGGCAUCGUGCCGAACUUAGACGGUUGUGUUCUCAUCAAAGAAGCACCUCCACCUCCUGGACAGUUCCUGUCUGGAUCUCGGCUGUCUUGGACCCGCAGCGGGGUGGAUAUCUCUGUCCAUAUCUGCACUGAGGACAUGGAGCGAUUGCUCAAGGAUCCUUUGUUACUACCACGUCUUGAUUAGAUAGAGUCCAUAAACCAUGGAACAGAUAAACUUACGCGAGGGGACGGUCCGGUGGUACACUUGGAAACGUAUGAGAUCUAAGAACUUCUUUACUGGACUAGACACUUGAUGCGCCCUGAUGGAGCUUAGGCGCUGCAUUGAGCAUUGGGAUGGACUCAUGUAUGCGUUGCUCCAAUCUCUGAUGAUGCGUUUGUACGGAUGCUGUAAGAUUGACCUCCUCGGCGCACAUGGACAUCUGCACCUAGAACUAGAUGAGAUGCCAGAAUUGAGGCGCCUCGCAGCGCGAAGAGACCUUCGCUUUACAUAUAUGUAUAGUUUUAGCGUUGAAUAUACAACGAAAUGCAGUACUUGCCUUUUGCCGAGUUCUCGCCCGGGUGUUGUCGUAUCAGCAUACG